CUCAUGUGUGUUCUGCUCCCUCGUUGGAAACAGGGAUGGAAUGGACUAGCAAUUGCUACAGCCUGGAAGGUCAAAAUACUUCAGAUUGAGUUCUCUUGUGGUAGUAUGGCAGCAGCGUUUCUAGAUGGCAAGGAUGCAAACUCUCUCCUCAAACGUUUUCCUCGGGAUAAUGGUUUCCUGGAGGAGCUCCGGCCGGGCAACAUCGAGAGGGAAUGUGCCGAAGAGAGCUGCAGCUUUGAGGAGGCCAACGAAGUGUUUGAAAAUAAGGAGCAAACGAUGGAGUUCUGGAAAAACCGCAGCAUCUACACAGUGAACAGCAAUGCUGAAUCGGAGCGCCCGGACACCGUGUACAUGGUGGUGCCCCUUCUGGGCGUGGCCCUUCUCAUCAUCAUCGUGCUCUUCCUCCUGUGGCGCUGUCAACUGCAGAAAGCCACGCGCCGGCGUCCGGCCUACACCCAGAACCGCUACCUGGCCAACCGGAACGCCCGCAGCCUCCCGCGCAUCCUGGUGCACCGCGAACCUCCCGCGCACUCCGAGAACUCUCACGCCAACGACAGGCCCAGCGUGGUGGUCAGCUGCCCCGAGAGAGGCGGGGCUUCAGACGUCCAUCAUCACGCCGGCCAUUCGCAGAACAAUCGCUCCCUGUACGUACAAGACACGUCGCUGUCAGUGGCGUCCCAUCUGUCCGGGGCGACCCCGCCGCCAUCCUACGAGGAAGUCACCGGCCACUUAGAGAGCAGCAGCGAUGAGACGACAGCCCCCUACAGCGAUCCUCCGCCCAAAUAUGAGGAGAUUGUGCUCGAAAAAUGAGAGCUUUCAUGAACAAGCACACAUAUAGCGGUAACCAAAUGUUAGGACGGUCGCCUUGUGUCGUUGAUCGGUUCGUGGACCGCACUGGUAAACGUCUCAAAAGGGUCACAAUCUUCUCAAUCUACUUCAACGGCUCACACACCACAACCAUUGACACUUCAGACAAAGAAAAUGUACAGAUCCAGGUAUAUCGCGUCGGGCUUCAACGAAAGGAUGUGCCAAAUCUAAUUGGUGUGUCGUAGGAAUGUUCAGACACACCGAAUAUUUCUAGAGCGCGUGUGCGUCUUGUGUUCAUAAAGUCGUGAUUUCAUAGAUUCCCUUAAGUAUACUAAGCCCUGUGAAAUCUUAUACCAGCAGUAUCUCUGAUCCAUACCAACGUCAGAAUUAGUAAUGUGUACACAAAACAAAUGCAAAAUACAACAUACGUUACGAUCACGCCACGCACUCUCACGGAUGCACACAAUUCGAUUGUUUACAGACACAUGCACAGAAAUUCACAUAGGAAUGUGUGUGGAAGCAGGCCUUAGAAACAAGAAGAGUAGUCAAUCAAAUCGUCUUGUGAUUUUAUGCUUAUCGCGAGAUUUUUACCUCAAACGCUGUGCUCACACAAUCACAAGACACAAAUGCACAAAAACUGUGUUUGGGGUCCAAUCUUUGGAUAAUACAACAUUCCAGGCCCUCGGUUUCUUGUUUUUUGUAGUUCUCCCCGUCAUUCUCAGACUGUUUACAUUGUGUUUUAUUACUCUUUUUUUUUAUAACAGCGUAAAAACUGUGUGAUUUUGUACAAAGCUCUCUGUGGCGUUUGACAUCACCAGGUGCUAUACUGUACUAUAAUGCUGCUUGUUCUCACUGCUCGUUUUCCCCCUUGUGCUCUACCUAGUCGACCAAACAUGCAGCUGAAUCAUGUUUUCCAGCUCAGGUUUAAGCCAAUGAACUGCUGCCGUUGCAGUAAGUUUGUAAAUAAUCUCUCACACUGCCAACUUUGAGCGAACGGGAUAUUUGGCUUAAGGUACGGUCACAUUUACCGAUGUUGUGGGCAAAAUCCAAUAUCGCAAAGAUUUCUCUAGUCAGAUUUUCAUAUUCAAGAUGGUCACUCAAGAUUCACAGCGUUGACUGACAGAAAGCUGCUUUUAAAGUGACUUCAGUAGCCCUGUUUACACCUGGUAUUAAGAUGCGUUUGGUCUAUCGGAUCACAAGUAGGCGAGGGAGACGUUUUCCCGUUUACACCUUGUGUUUUAAUCUGGUGUCUUUUAUCCACUUUCAACCACUUCUGUCCUGAUUUCUUCGAGGGGAGGGUCUAUGGGCAGGUACAUUUAUGUGCCUUUUCAGAUCUUUCAAUCUAAUGGAUGAAAUAACCUCGCGUAAUUUACAUAUUUCAAAUGUCGAAUGUUCUUUUGGACGUUUCCUCUGUAAGUGGUCAAAAGGUUUACAUCUGUAUUUAGCGUCAUCCACUUGUGGCGUGGUGAAUCUGGUGAUGGCGCAGUGGAUAAGGCACAUGCCUUUGGUGUGAGAGGCCCAGGUUCGAAUCCACUGUCAGACACCAAU